AUGCUUUUGCAACUGUACAAGAGCAAGGCAUUUGUCAACUGCGUCGUCCUGCUUGGCAUCAUUGUUUACAUGUACAAGACAUAUACGCGGCGUGCUGAGGUGUUUGGCAUUGGGACCACCCACGAGAGCGCCAAUACCACUAAUUGCUACCAAUUCGGCCAAGACCUGGACAUGGUGCAGGGCUGUGAGGAUAUCCACGUUGACCCGCGCUCCGGCCUCGCCUAUCUAGCGUGUGGCAACAUCAAGGCGCGCACGCGCUGGAUCCUUCCUGGAACGCCAUACAAUACUGACUUUGAGCAGUACAAAGACCACGUCGUCGUUAUCGACGAGCAGCGCACGCAGUCAGGCGCACUAGUCCCAUUCACACAGGACCUGCGUUUGCAUGGCUUCGAUAUCUUCUUUGAUGACCUGGAGCCUGGCCUGCUGACAUUUAUGUUUGUCAAUCACCAGCGCACAGGCAAUGCCAUCUCCAUCUUCUCGCACCGCCUUGGAACCAUCCAGCUGGUGCAUGAGGAGACUGUUUCAUCGCCACUGUUGCCGUCGCCAAACGACGUGGUGGCCAUGUCCCACACUACCUUUUACGCAACAAACGAUGUCCGCCAUACCAAGGGCGGCAGAUUGCGCAGUGUCGAAGAGUUCUUCGGCAUGCCUUGGGGCCACCUCGUCUACCGCGGCCCCGAGGGCAUGUUUUCGAUUGCCGCCGAGUCCUUGUCGUACCCAAACGGCAUCACAAAGAGUGCUGACGGCUCACUCAUCUACGUUGCAUGCUCAAGCGAACCCGGUGUCAGGACAUUCAGGCCAAACCCAGACGGUUCGCUCGAGUAUCUAGGCGGAAUCGUGUUCAAAGGGCUGAUUCCAGACAACCUCUUUGUCGAUGCUCCCACUGGCCACAUCUACGUAGCAGGGUACCUGAACACGAUGGAGAUGUUCCGAUACAACCGCGAGUCUAUCCAUGGCACCACCGCACGCCCUGCGGCUGGUAUAUACCGUCUCAAGAAUGUGAUGGUCGACGGUGGUGACUUGCUACCAACCACGACAGUCUCUGCUGUGCAGCGUCGCGGCGGAGUCACCCGAAUACUUCUGGGGUCAGUCAUGUCCAAAGGCCUUGCCAUCUGCGACCACGGGCGCAAUCUGUAA